AUGUUUACAAAACUUUGUCCUCUCUCUCUCUCUCUCUCUCUCUCUCUCUCUCUCUCUCUCUCUCUCAUAAAUUUCUCUCUCUCUCUCUCUCGAAUACUCUUUCACGCGCACUCUCUCUCUGACGCUCUCUCUCCCUCUCUCUCCCUUUCGCUCGCACUCUCUCUCGCAUGCUCUCUCUCUCAUAUGCCCCCCUCGCCCUCGCUCACACUCUCUAUCCCUCGCUCUCUCUCGCACACUCUCUCUCUCACGCUUUCUCUCCCUCUCUCUUUCUCCCCCUCGCUCUCACUCUCCCUCGCACACUCUCUCUCUCUCUUACGCUCUCUCUCUCACGCUUUUCUCUCUUGCACUCUCUGUCCCUCGCUUUCCAUCUCUCCCCCUCGCUCUCACUCUCUCGCGCAUGCUCUCUCUCUCUCAUAUGCCCCCUCGCCCUCGCUCACACUCUCUAUCCCUCUCUCUCUCUCCCUCACUCUCUCUCACGAUCUCUCUCACGCUUUUCUCUUUUGCACACUCUGUCUCUCGCUCUACAUCUCUCUCCCUCGCUCUGCCUCCAUCGCUCUCUCUCUUUCUCUCUCUCUGUCUCUGUCUCUGUCUCUCACUCGCAUGCACUCUUUUCGCCUCCUCGCUCUCACUCUAGCGUACAUUCUCUCUCCCUUGGUCCCCACACCGUCUCCUUAUUUGUGA